CCUUGCCGCGUGCACCAUGCAGCCCCCUCACCUCCUCCUCUUCCUCUUUCUCCCGAUCCUCCUCCCUGGGAUGUGGGCAGACCCAGAGGCAGAGCCACAGGUUAUCCAGUACCUCCUGACUAGCCUCUUCGCCAACAUCAGCUCUGCUGAGGUGUCAUGUGUGGCACUUGUAGGGGACAUAGCCAUCUUAACACUGGAUCCGGCCAACUGGAGCAUCCACUUCCACUGGCCCUGGGUCAGCCAGGCUGCAGCUGAAGAUGACGGGGAAAAGAUGAUGUCCCAGUACAAAAUCGCUCUGCGCAAUAUGAUCCGAUUUGUGCAUGACACAGUUCAGCAGACAAAACAGCACUACCCCUUGGUGGUUCAGUUCCGUGCAGGCUGUGUGCUGUACCCCAAUACGACAAGCCAGGGCUUCCUGAAUGUUGGCUGGGAUGGCAGAGACCUCGUAGCUUUUGAGGUAGAUAAACAGGGCUGGAAGGCCCGGCAGCCAUCCCAGGUGGCAGAGCUGGUCAGCAAGAGCCUCAACAGACAGAAGUCUCUCAGAAUACUCCUGGAGCACCUUCUCUCUAUCUGGGUAUGCCAGAGCAACUUCCUCAUCCUGAAGAGGUAUGGGAAGGAAAUUCUAGAGAGACAAGAGCUGCCUGUGGCCACGGUCUUCGCCCGCACCCCCAGCCUAGACCAGCUGCUGCUUGUUUGCCAUGUCACUGGCUUCUACCCCCAUCCCAUCAGCGUGGCCUGGCUGCGGGAUGGCCAGGAGGUGCCUCCGGGCCCGGUGCUCAACACCAGCACCAUCCUGCCCAACGCUGACCUCACCUACCAGCUCCGCAGUGUUCUGGCCGUGGCCCCCCGUGAUGGGCACAGCUAUGUCUGCCGUGUGCGCCACCACAGCCUGGGCACCCGCAGCCUUCUCAUCCCAUGGGAAAACCGCAGUGCAGCUCCAACCAUCAGCAUCACCAUUGCAGUGCUGCUUCUUGUGGCCACAGCCUUUGCUGGGGGUUUUUGGUGGUGGAAGCGCAGGAAAGGUAACGAGGCUGCAUGGGAGACCCAGGAAUUCAUCAUUUGA